AGUAGAAAAACUCUGAACCGGCCCACCUCCCUUCAGAGCUCACUCCCUCGAACCUGCUCUGCUGCUCCCAACCCCCUGAAUUGGAGGCCCGCGCCCUCGCGAGCCCGCACGGAGAUGGCCGCGGCGGCCGUGGGGAAGCGGGUGCACGACACGGGCUGGCUCGCGGCGCGCUCCACCGAGGUCACGCUCACCGGCGUGCAGCUCACCACCACGCACCCGCCGGGCGCCGAACCCGACCCCGCCGCGCCCUGGAUUCCCGCCGCCGUCCCCGGAACCGUGCUGGGGACGCUGCUCAAGAAUAAGCUGAUCCCCGACCCCUUCUACGGGCUGAACAACCAGGCCAUCGUCGACAUCGCCGACUCCGGGAGGGAGUACUACACCUUCUGGUUCUUCACCACUUUCCAGUGCGCUCCGUCAGGAAAUCAGCACAUGGCUUUAAACUUCCGCGGAAUAAACUACUCAGCUGAAGUGUACUUAAAUGGGCACAAGGAGGUUCUUCCAAAAGGAAUGUUCCGAAGGCACACCAUUGAUAUUACUGAUAUUCUCCAUCCUGAUGGUAACAAUCUGCUUGCUGUCCUUGUUCAUCCUCCUGAUCACCCUGGUAGAAUUCCUCCUCAGGGAGGUCAGGGUGGUGAUCAUGCGAUUGGCAAAGAUGUUGCUACACAAUAUGUUGAAGGAUGGGAUUGGAUCUGCCCAAUAAGGGAUCGAAACACGGGUAUCUGGGAUGAAGUAUCAAUUUCCAUAACUGGGCCUGUGAAUAUAACAGACCCCCAUCUGGUUUCAACUUUUCAUGAUGAUAUUAAGAGAUCAUACCUACAUUGUACACUUCAGUUAGGGAACAAAAGUUCUUGGAUUGCAGAUUGUGCAUUAAAAAUACAGGUUUCCACUGAACUUGAAGGGAACAUUUGCUUGGUGGAACACCUUCAAAGUUAUGCAAUAACUGUCCCUCCUCACUCAGAUCUAGAGUACACUAUUCCUCCUUUAUUCUUCUAUAAGCCAAAACUGUGGUGGCCAAAUGGCAUGGGAAAGCAGUCCCUAUACAACAUUGAGAUUAGUGUGGAUGUCAAAGGAUUUGGCGAGUCCGAUUCCUGGAGCCAUUAUUUUGGAUUCCGCAAAAUCGAGAGUACAAUUGAUGAUUCUACUGGUGGGAGGAUAUUCAAGGUAAACGGUGAACCUAUUUUUAUCCGAGGAGGGAACUGGAUAUUGUCUGAUGGCCUUCUUCGAUUAACAAAGAAGCGAUAUAUGACCGACAUCAAGUUCCACGCCGAUAUGAACUUCAAUAUGCUUCGCUGUUGGGGUGGUGGAUUAGCAGAGAGGCCUGAUUUUUAUCACUUUUGUGAUUUGUAUGGUCUGAUGGUUUGGCAGGAAUUCUGGAUAACUGGAGAUGUUGAUGGCCGAGGAAUUCCCAUAUCAAACCCUAAUGGCCCUUUGGACCAUGAUCUCUUCCUUCUAUGUGCUAGAGAUACUGUCAAAUUACUCAGGAAUCAUGCUAGUCUAGCUUUAUGGGUUGGUGGUAAUGAGCAAGUCCCACCAGUUGACAUCAACAAAGCACUGAAGAAUGAUUUGAAGCUACAUCCUAUGUUUUUAAGUUUCCAGACAUCAAAAAAUGAAGAGAAAUAUUUAUUUCAAGAAUCAACUGACCCAAGUAAAUACCUUGAUGGUACUCGGGUGUAUGUCCAAGGAUCAAUGUGGGAUGGUUUUGCCAAUGGGAAAGGUGACUUCACUGAUGGUCCAUAUGAGAUUCAAUAUCCGGAGAGCUUUUUCAAGGACAGUUUCUACAAAUAUGGGUUUAACCCUGAAGUUGGGUCUGUGGGGGUUCCAGUUGCUGCAACAAUUAGGGCCACAAUGCCUCUAGAAGGAUGGAGCAUUCCAAUUUUCAAGAAAAGAAUCGAUGGGUACAUCAAAGAAGUACCAAAUCCAAUAUGGGAUUACCACAAGUAUAUUCCCUACUCAAAACCAGGUAAGGUCCAUGAUCAGAUUGAACUAUACGGACACCCAAAAGACCUUGACGAUUUCUGUGAAAAGGCACAAUUGGUCAAUUAUGUUCAGUACAGAGCACUUCUGGAAGGAUGGACUUCCUUCAUGUGGAAAAAGUUUACAGGUGUUUUAAUUUGGAAGACUCAAAAUCCAUGGACUGGACUGAGAGGGCAGUUCUAUGAUCAUCUCCAAGACCAAACUGCUGGGUUUUAUGGUUGCCGUUGUGCUGCUGAACCUAUUCACGUCCAACUGAAUUUGGCCAGUUAUUUCAUAGAGGUGGUAAACACUACAGCUGAUGAGCUCACAGACGUGGCUGUGGAAAUUUCAGUAUGGGAUUUGGAUGGUGGAUCCCCGUAUUACAAAGUUACCGAGAAAAUAGUGGUACCACCAAAGAAAGUGAAGCAAAUCAUUGAAAUGAAAUAUCCUCAGAUGAAGAAUGCCAAACCUGUGUAUUUUCUGCUACUCAAACUCUUCAGGCUGUCAGACAAUGGAAUACUCUCCAGAAAUUUCUACUGGCUACAUCUUCCUGGGCGAGACUACAAGUUAUUGGAGCAGUAUCAGCAGAAAAAGAUUCCACUAAAAAUUUAUUCCGAGGUUUCCAUCUCAGGCACGAGACACAAGGUACGAAUGACUGUAGAGAACAAGUCAAAGAAAUCAAUAACAGAAAGCACAAGCCCCUUGUCAUCGAUGGAUCUAGGUGAUUGUGAUAGUUCCUACAGUAAUGUCAGCGAAGCUACUCGGGAGGGACAGGAAAAUGGUCUGUGGAGUAAAAUAUGCGGUGGCCUUGGCAUCACAAGGUCAGGCGACAACCUGAGAACAGUUGAGGUGAAUGGGACCGAUUCAGGUGUCGCCUUUUUCCUCCAUUUUUCGGUGCACACCUCUGAAUCAUCCACCACUCACGAGAUAUACAGAGACACGAGAAUCCUUCCAGUCCACUAUUCAGACAACUUCUUUUCGCUCACACCAGGGGAGAAGACGUCCAUUGACAUCUUGUUUGAGGCUCCUCAGGGCUCCAGUCCCAGGGUCGUUCUCGAAGGCUGGAACCAUCAUCUGAACCAUGCCAUGCUGAUCUAACACGCGCUUCUGUUGAGAUGCGAUCAUGAGCAAGAUCCGUGUAAAAUAAGAACUUACCCAAUAAAGUGCAGAGAUCAGAUCUUGCUUGUGAACUAUUGCGGUAAGACGGGACAAUUUAAGGUUCAUGUGUGUUGAUGCGGGUGGUGUUGAACGAUUCUUGGGGCAUUAUCGUUGCGAGUAUGUCGGCCCAUGGGGCAAAACCAAUGAACGGAGCGGCUCAGCUAGUGUUUGGACCAGAGGGCUUCAAGGACUACAUCGUUGCCUCUGUACUUUUCCAUUAAUGCCUGGAGUCGUGUGAUUAGUCGUCCUUGUAAGUUUUUUUUUUUUUUUUUUUUUUGCGAAUGAGUCAUCCUUGUAAGAUCGCAGUACGAGUAAAGUGAUUGAGAUUUAUAGAUCGACGCAAGUCAAAAUAAGGAGAUGCUUCCUGGA